AUGAAAAAGAGAUGGGAUGGGCAUGAGUUUCGCGACAUGUUUUUGGGGAGCCAACCAACCCCGCACCGGGCCAACGCGGCUACGAAAUCUCCCGGCACGUCAAAUCCGGCUUCUGGCUACAUACUGACUACUACUGGGGUGGUGCCGGCGCCUCCGAAACGUGGCUUUGCUCGGGCCGGACCCGUUGUUUGGGCCGCGAGCAUGUUCUUUUGUUGGCUGGGGAGAAACCGGGGUCAAGCUCCAAACGACCCAAAUUAUGGGAUUGCGAUGGCCGGAAUCAGCGGAAGCACGCGCGAAGCUGGGGUGGUCGCCAAACCCGUCCCUUCAGAGCCGUUCGCGGGGGCAGAAGUCGAUGGGGAACUUGCUACACUCGCCAGGUCAGGUUCUUUGCGUCCACUGCAACGAAUCCGUAGGUUUUCGCAGCGCAAACGCGAAUCGGGCAAGUGCUGCGCCAACCCAAACAACUCGUUGCGAUGGCGGUUCGCAAACGGCGCGGCCGAAAAAAGGCACGUUUGUAGUUUCAGAAUGGAGACUUACUGCGAGAGCAACUACAACUUUGACUUACUCAUUAAUUUGUGUCAGUGA